UUGAGUGGGGCCCAAUAUUAGGAAAUGUGCAAAAUUAAGGGAGCAAAGUUUAGAACAAACAUGUCAAGAGUAGAAACAGAGCAAGAAGGCAAGAUCUCAGAAAACCCUAGUAAACCCAAAAAACCUCCAUAGCCAAGAAGCAAAUUGCUGUUAGAUUUGUGAUAGAGAAGAUGGGAGAAUCAGAGGCAAAAGCAGAGACAUCACUGAAAGAUCAGGGAAAUGAAUUCUUCAAAGCUGGGAACUAUCUCAAAGCGGCAGCUUUGUACACUCAAGCCAUCAAGAAAGACCCAUCAAACGCCGCUCUUUACAGCAAUCGCGCUGCAGCAUUUUUGCAUCUGGUUAAACUUAGCAAAGCAAUUGCUGAUGCCGAAAUGACGAUCAAUCUGAAACCAGAGUGGGAAAAGGGUUAUUUCAGGAAAGGAUGCAUACUAGAGGCUAUGGAACGCUACGAGGAUGCCUUAGCUGCUUUCCAGAUUGCAUCAAAAUACAAUCCUCAAAGUUCAGAAGUAUCCAAGAAGAUAAAGGUACUCACACAGUUGGCUAAAGAUAAGAAGCGCACUGAAGAACUGGAGAACAUGAGAUCCAAUGUUGACAUGGCAAAACAUUUUGAUGCAUUGAAAUCUGAACUGUCUGAAAAAUAUGGAGCUGAAGAUAGCUGGAAAGAGUUUUUCUCUUUCCAUGUUGAAACAGUAGAGAAUGCUGUUAAGUCAUGGCAUGAAACUUCAAAAGUGGACCCUAGAGUUUAUUUCCUUCUGAACAAGGAGAAGACAGACACAGAGAAGUACGCUCCAGCUGUUAAUAUAGACAAGGCUUUUGAGUCACCCCAAACGCACAGCAAUUGUUUUUCAUUUCUUCGACAGUAUGCUGAAGAUUCUUUUGCUCAAGCUGCGUGUUUAGUGACACCAAAAAGUAUCAUAUCUUAUCCACAGGUUUGGAAAGGUCAAGGAUCAAGAAAAUGGAAGCAUGGACAAAAUGAUGGAAUUUUCGUCCAAUUUGAAUCUCCUCUACUGCGGAGGUUGUGGUUUAUCCCUAGCUCCACUGAGAAAGGCAAAACAUUAUGCAGGGAUCCAGUGCCUUUGGAUAUUAGUGCACAUGAAAUUCUUCCGCGUGUAUUCAAGCAAGAAUAGUUAAGAUAAUCGCAGUUCCAUAUCUUGGGUUAGCUCUUUGUGGGAUCGUGCUGGGGAGAAAAUGGGCCUGUUAACUACGAGGAAAAGCACGAACAGUACAUCACAUCUUUUUAUUGGUUGGCGCAAUAUGUGGGAAGCUGUCAAACUCUGCAGUUCUCUUAUAUUGGUGAGGUACGUUAUGUUAGCUGUCAAGAUAUCAAAAUCUUUUGAAGUUUUCCUAUAGUAGAUUAGAAUUUCCGAGUGUUGCGUAACCCUCUGUAUUUUCAUUUUACUUUCACUCUGUUAUUGGCUGUUUUAUCUGGCAUUGAGUUUCUUACAAGUCAUUUUUUCAAUCGUUUUCGGAUUGGAACUCUUGUAAAUUUGCACGGCUAGAAGCAAUGUUGCUGUUGUUACCUU